AUGAUGGAGGAUGAAACAGAAAGUAUAGAGAUGAGGCCAGCAAAUGCGCGACGUACAUUCACUCUUCGUAAUAAUGUUGCUCGACACGUUGUAAACUUUAUGCCUUCUCGCCAAAUGCCACACAAUACUCUAAGACUUCGUCGAGUGAACAGUGAACAAAAUGCCCUACUGCAAGCGUCCAUGUCGGACGCGCCAGACGCGGUCGAAAAGCAGGCGGACAUCAUCGUGCGGGAGAUGGAACAAAACCACCAGCUCAUGGAGGACAACCCUCUUUCGGAAGAAUUACGGAGGGAAGCCUUACGAGAUCUACCUCAGGGCUUGACCAUGAAAAGAAACGUCCGCGCCAAACUGUCGGCAUCAGUCAGUCUGCGAUCCAACCGACGACCUAUAUCUAUGUAUAGGAGAUUGAAAUAUACGUUUAGUUUUACUUGGAAAAGGUCACGAGACCGUUUCCGCGAUUUCUUCUUCUCCAUUGAUCUGUGGUACGAAGCGAUCAGAAACAUCGAGGGUAACCUCGGCUCGGCCGUGGGCUCCUACUUCCACCUCCUGAGAUGGCUGUUCGGCAUCAACCUGAUGCUGUCCAUCCUCAUCAUCUGCUUCGUGAUGGUGCCACAGGCGUUGUAUGACAAUAGCACGAAUUAUACUACGAGUUUGAAGCCUUUGGACUUUAUCAGUGGGAUGGGUGGAUUGGAGGAUUCACUAUUAUUCUAUGGACACUACCACAACGGUUCAGUGAGCGAUGGUCCACUGCAAUACGAUAUGGCAUUCGCGUACUUUUAUACGAUGGUGUGUCUGUACUUGGUGUUCUUCGCCGUGCUUUGCUAUAGGACGGCGUACUCGUACCGGCGCAACUUCAUCGAGCCGGCGGGCAGCGGGGAGGUGCGCCAGCUGCUGGCCACCAAGCUGUUCUGCGGCUGGGACUUCGGCGUGGCGAGUGCGCGCGCCGCGGGGCUGGCGGCGAGGGGGCUCUACUACGAGUUUAAGGAACUGCUAAACGAACAAAACCGUAAGCAAGUGGCGAUGACUUUCUGGGUUGCGGUGGGGCGCCGCGCCGCCAACACGCUGGUGUGGGCGGCGGCGCUGGCGCUGGUGGCGGGCGCGCAGUACGCGCUGUGGCGGGUGCUGGGCGCGGCGCGCGGCGGCGACGCGCUGCGCCGCCUGAGCGUGUCCGCGGCCGUCACGGCCGUCGUGUGUGUUUGUCCGCUGCUGCUUAAUCUUAUUGUUAAGCUGGAGUUCUAUGAUGCACGCACAGCGUUUUACGUAACUGUUGCGAGGACUUGGCUCCUGGACACCGGCACUCUCGUGCUCCUGCUGUUCUACUGGGUGAACUCUGAAGAGACGUGUUGGGAAACACGCGUGGGUCAGGAAGUGUAUCGCCUGGUGGUGCUGGAUGCUUUCAUCUCCCUAUUGCUGUUGCCUGCUAUUGAGUUUGCCAGAGCACUGAUGUUUAAGAUGAAGUGGGUGGGGUCUGCGCCGGAGUUCAGCCUGGUGCGGGACUCGCUGACGCUGCUGUACAACCAGUCGUGCCUGUGGGCGGCGCUGGCCUUCGCGCCGGCGCUGGCGCCCGCGCUCGCCGCCAAGUGCCUGCUGCUGUUCUACGUCAAGCGCGCCACCGCGCUCGCCGCCUGCCAGACUGCGAGGAAGGUGUGGCGCGCGGCGCAGACGCAGACGGUCCUCUACAUGUUUGUGACUCUGUCUCUCUUCACCACGCUGUUUGCUCUCGGCUCCUUGUUUUUGGGGUCGUCCCCGGCGUGCGGGCCGCUGCGGCGCUUCCCGCGCGUGUUCGAGGUGGUGAGCGAGGGCCUGCUGCGCCUGUCGCAGCGCGCCGCCCUGCGCGCCGCGCUCGCCUUCGCCACGCGCCCGGGGCCUAUUGCCUUCGUUAUGUUGGCGUUGUGCGUGGCGGUAUACACGAUGCGCGCUCGGUCCAUGGCGCAGCGCUCCAUCGUGGGGAUGCUGCGGCACAUGCUGCGGCUGCAGGCGAAGGACAAGGAUUUCCUUCUGUCCGCUAUCGAGAAAGUGUCCAAUGGAGAAUGGCUGUAUAGUCCCAAACCGGAGAACGAAGGACCUGAAAGUCAUACAUGGAAGUAUGUACAAGAAGUAAGAAAACCUUCGAACGCCGGCUACCACUUCGACGCGUCUAGACUUAGCCAUUCCUUCUUAGACCGGCCUAGGUCUUACAUAAAUGAGAAUAGACCUUCCUCGUAUGGAGAUCGGCAGAAGACUAACGAAGAUGGCGACACGGAUAGUUCGUUUAGUUGGCAAGGCUCUAGUAGCUAUUUGAAUCGAAAUGACGUGGAAGGUAAA